CCUAGUACUUAUUAUUGAGUAAUCAGAGUGUGAUCUGCAGCCUGUGGAUCAUCUGUCACUGAGGGAGUCAGGAUGAGGCUGCUGCCGGUUGUCGUUACUGUCUUGUUAACGGUGUCUGUCGCUUAUUAUGUUUACAUCCCGCUGCCUGAUAGCAUCCAGGAGCAGUGGAAGCUGAUGAUGCUGGAUGCUGGAAUACGUGCAAUGAUGCAUCUGUCCCAUUGGAUGGAUCCGCUGGCCUCCAAACACUACAUCACGUCUAUCAGGCAGAGCGUAGAGGGUUUCCAGAGCAUGGUAAAUGGUAUGGCCAGUUCUGAGCCCGACGGAGGGGUCGUGCCUGGAGUGAAAGUCAGCGACAUCACCUUUGCCGGCAUCCCGGUCCGUUUGUACGAGCCCCCUGCUGGAGGGGAGGGACAUCUGAGGAGAGGGCUGAUGUUCUUCCAUGGAGGAGGCUGGGCCUUCGGCAGUGUGAAGGAGACGUCCUAUGAUAAGGUCAACAGGAUGGUGUCUGACGAGCUCAACGCCGUUGUGGUCUCUGUUGAGUAUCGUCUGUAUCCAGAGGUGCACUUCCCAGUGCCGUAUUUAGACUGCCUUACUGCUGCCAAACACUUCCUGUCCGAGGAGGUCUUGUCUAGGUAUGCCAUCGACCCCGAACGUGUGGCUGUGUCAGGAGACAGCGCAGGAGGAAACAUGGCAGCUGCCGUCUCUCAGGAGAUUGCGAUGGAUGACACUUUGAGUGUGAAGUUCAGCGUCCAGGCAUUGAUCUACCCAGCAGUCCAAGCUCUGGACUUCAAUACGCCCUCCUACCUGCAGAACGAACAUAUGCCUAUCCUCUACAGGUCUGUAGCCAUCCGCUUCUGGCUGCAGUACCUUGGUGUUGACCUCUCUCUUGUUCCCCAGUUUACAACAAACAAUCACAGCUCUUUACAACACACACACAUCACCCCUGAGCUGAGGGCACGGCUGGACUGGACCGUCCUCCUUCACCCGAAAUACAAAAAGAACUACAAGCCUGUGAUAGUGGAAAAGGGAUCUCAGGGGGCUGUGAAAGAGGUGCCUGGGCUGCUGGAUGUGAGAUCAUCACCACUGUUAGCUGGCCCAGAGGUUUUGGCUAAAUGUCCGCGGGCGUACGUGCUUACAUGCGAGCACGACAUUUUGAGGGAUGAUGGCAUGAUGUACGUGCGGCGCCUGCAGGACGCAGGCGUGACAGUAACCAACCGUCACUAUGAGGACGGCUUCCACGGGUGUUUCAGCUUUAUAACCUGGCCUCUGGAUUUUGAUGUAGGGAGGAGGGUGACCAGGGAUUACAUCGACUGGCUCAAAAACAACUUGUAGAUGUGCGUAUAUGUGCGAGCAAGAGAAUGAAUGAGGGUUUUUUUGUGUCGCAUGCACACGUGUGUUUGGAGAUACCAAAUGAACAAGUCCUAGCUUUAUGAAUCACAGACUUGUACAUCUUCUCUUUGUAUAGGGACAUUAAAUCUAAAUCUCAGGGCCCUCGUGUAAUUACAGAUGCAUACCAGCUUAGUAAGUAUGAACGUGAUGUGUAAAGAUUACUGAAGGUCUGAAAUGGAAAAGGUGAAAUAUAUCGAACCUUCUGACUAACACUGUGAGCUUCUGGGGGGGAAAA